UAUCGUAAUUUGGUUACAUUCGAUAGUGCCGGUAGUCGUAUCGAUAUUUUGAUUAUAGGCGAACUAUCGAUAGUCGCCUAUCGUGCGGUAUCACUACUAAACAGACCAGCUCAGCUCAGUACAUAUCCGAGGGACUGUGAGUGCGCACGUAAAUUUUACUGAAUUUAGCGCUACUAAUAAAAUAUAGAUUUCAAUAUGGUGAAAGUUGACGUCAAAUAUACAAAGUUGUUCAUCAACAACGAAUUUGUGGAUGCUGUCAGCAAGAAGACCUUCCCCACGAUCAACCCUCAGGAUGAGACCGUCAUUGCUCAAGUAGCUGAAGGAGAUAAGGCUGAUGUAGACAAAGCCGUAGCGGCAGCUAAAAAAGCCUUCCACCGGUAUUCAACAUGGCGGACAAUGGACGCUUCCCAACGAGGCCUCCUCAUGCUCAAGCUGGCAGACCUGAUCGAAUCCCAGGCCAGAUAUUUAGCAGAACUAGAAACCUUGGACUGCGGGAAGCCAGUAAAAGAGGCGGAAUUUGAAGUGUACUAUGCUGUGACUGUUCUGAGAUAUUAUGCCGGCAAAGCUGAUAAGAUUUUGGGCAGUACUAUACCAGCAGACGGAGAAGUUUUGUCGUUCACAUUAAAGGAGCCCGUGGGAGUCUGUGCACAGAUCAUACCCUGGAACUACCCCAUCCCUAUGAUGAGCUGGAAGAUCGCACCAGCUCUAGCUGCAGGUUGUACGCUGAUAGUGAAGCCAGCAGAACAGACUCCGCUAACAGCCCUCGCUGUGGCAGCCCUGGUGAAGGAGGCUGGUUUCCCGCCAGGAGUUAUUAACGUCAUCCCUGGCUACGGCCCUACGGCUGGCGCGGCCCUAACACAUCACCCUAAUGUGGAUAAAGUGGCUUUUACUGGAUCUACUGAAGUCGGGCGCAUAAUUUUAGGAGCGGCCUCAACAGUCAACUUGAAACGAGUCACAUUGGAGCUGGGCGGCAAGAGUCCUUUAGUGGUCUUCAAUGAUGCUGAUGUUGAAAAGGCAGCUCAAAUAGCUCACGCCGCCGCGUUCGCCAACGCUGGUCAAUGCUGCUGCGCCGGCACCAGGACUUACGUCCAGUCCGGCAUUUAUGAUCAGUUCGUCCAGAAAGCCGCAGAAAUCGCCAAGAAGAGAUCCGUAGGGAAUCCCUUCGAUGAUGUACAGCAAGGGCCACAGAUCGACAAAGACAUGUACACCAGGGUGCUAGAGUACAUCGAAGCUGGUAAAGCCUCUGGAGCCAAAUGCAUCGCAGGGGGGGAGAAGAUGGGGAAUAAGGGGUUCUAUAUCAAACCCACAGUAUUCGCUGAUGUCAAGGAUGACAUGAAGAUCGCUAGAGAAGAAAUCUUCGGGCCGGUCCAAAGCAUUUUCAAGUUCGACACAUUCGAGGAGGUCAUCGACCGCGCCAACGACUCCAACUAUGGAUUGGGAGCUGGAGUAGUCACCAAUGAUAUCACUACUGCCCUUACUUUCGCUAAGCAAAUCCGCAGUGGUUCAGUAUGGAUCAACACUUACGACCAUGUCACAAGUCAAACUCCAUUCGGCGGUUUCAAGGAUUCCGGUCUUGGCAGAGAAUUGGGAGAGGAAGGAAUCAAUCAGUACUUAGAAUGUAAAACGGUUACUCUAUCAUUACCUAAGGUCCCUCAACUUUAACAGAUGCUUUAAAAUGAACUUGUGGAACAAAUUCAUCUAUUUAUAUUGCUUUUACGCCAACUAUAUAUAACUUCAACUGUAAAUAAACACGUGUUUUCAACUAA